AUGGCUCAACGUGUAACUUAUAGAAGAAGAAAUCCAUAUAACACCAAGUCAAACAAGAUCAAGGUUGUUAAGACCCCAGGUGGUAAAUUAGUUGCUCAGCACGUUAAAAAAGCUGCUUCAAGAGUUAAAUGUGGUGACUGUGGAUCCGCUUUGGCUGGUAUCUCAACUUUGAGACCAAGAGAGUAUGCUCAAGUUUCAAGAACUCACAAAACCGUUCAAAGAGCUUAUGGUGGUUCAAGAUGUGCCAACUGUGUCAAAGAAAGAAUUGUCAGAGCCUUUUUGAUUGAAGAACAAAAGAUUGUUAAGAGAGUGUUGAAAGAGCAGGAAGACAAGGAGAAGAAAGCUUCUACUAAAAAACUCGGUAAAAAAUAA